UGAUAGGCAUUGACAGGCAUCACUGAUACAUGGCACUGAUAUAUGGCACUGAUAGGCAGCACUGACUGGCACUGAAAGGCAGCUCAGAUAGGCACUGAUAUGUGGCAUUGAUGUGCACUGGUAGGCACUGAUAUGUGGCAUUGAUGUGGCACCGACAAAAGGCACUGAUGGACACUGACAGGUGGUGCUUCUGGGGCUACACUGAUCAUCAGGGCACCCUGAUGAUCAGUGUACAUCUGUCAGCGUAUGGUAUGUCAGGUAUUUACUUAGCCUUGACCUACCAUAAGUUAAGCAGA